AUGUCUAGUUCUGAAGAGUUCACCUUUCCCAAGGAAAAGGGAGAAGUCGUUACUUACGACAGUCCUUCCGGACCUCGCGAAAUCUAUGUCAAGUCUAUCAAAGAAACCUUUAAAUUUGAAAAUGUAAAAGAAGAAGAGAAAAUGGAAGGAGGUGAUUAUUAUAUUGGUAAAGCUGAAGACGAAAAGGACGAAGUGAUUCUUCGUCCUAAUCCUCGUCGCUUUGUUUUAUUUCCUAUUCAAUAUCAUGAGAUUUGGCAAUUCUAUAAAAAAGCUGAAGCUUCUUUCUGGACUGCUGAAGAAAUCGAUCUUUCGAAGGAUUUGAUUGAUUGGGAUAGCAAGUUGAAUGGUGACGAACGUUACUUUAUAUCUACAGUUCUCGCUUACUUUGCUGCCUCUGAUGGUAUUGUAAACGAAAAUCUUUUAGAACGAUUUAGUUCUGAAGUUCAGAUUCCCGAAGCUCGUUGUGUGUACGGCUUCCAGAUCAUGAUAGAGAACAUCCACUCUGAAACUUAUUCCUUACUUUUGGAUACCUAUAUCCGUGAUCCCAAAGAAAAAGAACGUCAUUUCGAUGCCAUCCUCACCAUGGGAUCCAUCACUGCAAAGGCCAAAUGGGCUAUUCGUUGGAUUAAUGAUCCUGACUCCACUUAUGCCAUUCGUCUCGUUGCUUUUGCCGCUGUUGAAGGUAUUUUCUUUUCUGGAUCUUUUGCUUCGAUUUUCUGGUUGAAGAAACGUGGUCUCAUGCCUGGUUUGACCUUUUCCAACGAGUUAAUUUGCCGUGAUGAAGGUUUGCAUACUGACUUUGCUUGUCUAAUGUUCAGUCACUUGAAACAUCGCCCUGGACGAAAGAUUGUAGAAGCAAUCAUUAUUGAGGCCGUUGAUAUUGAAAAAGAAUAUUUCACAGAUGCUCUUCCUGCCAGUUUACUUGGUAUGAAUAAGGAUUUGAUGUGCCAAUACAUUGAGUUUGUUGCUGAUCGUCUUUUGGUCUCUCUUGGUAAUGACAAGUAUUACAACGUCACAAAUCCCUUUGACUUUAUGGAGAACAUCUCUUUGGCUGGUAAAACCAACUUCUUCGAAAAGAAAGUUUCCGACUAUCAAAUCGCCGGUGUCAUGUCUAGUGCCAAAGCUGAGGAUAAAGACGAUCACGCCUUCCGUCUUGAUGAAGAUUUUUAG